GUGGUUAAUCUGAAGUUGUUUGACGAGCUUGCAUGUUAGUGUUCUGUGUGUACAGUAUAUUAUGAGUGUUAUGCUUCAUAUGUUUGUGUAACUCACAUUCUAAAACCACUAAAUGAUCCUCCUCCGGAAGAGAUCUGAAAGUGUGAAGGCUUUUUUUUUUGUUUUCUUGGUAGGUUGAAAAAUAGCGUAUUUCCUCUCUACCUGAUACAGCAACUUGCACUCUAGUAUUCACACAGAGGCUUCCAGUCCUGUAAGCACAAUGGUAUCAGGUGGAGGAUUCUUUUACAUCUCUCUUUAAGUGCUCAUUGCAGUGGGAUGCUGUCUGGGCAAUAUGUUGGUGAUCUGGGCCAUGUGGAAAAGUGGAGCCCUGAACAAACCCACUUUCUGCUUGAUCGUGUCUCUGGCGGUGGCUGAGCCCUGAAGCGCUCAUGGUUCCUCGCCGCUGGAUACUGGCAUCUUUACUGGGCUUCUUACCCAUGUUUGGAUGGUACAACCAUGACACACUGACACGUUACAACUCCACCUCCAUAGACUGUCAGUUCACUGCUGUCAUUCCCAUUAUAUACCUGAUCCACUUUAUCUUUGAGGGCUGUUUUCUUCCUCCGUUGGCAGUCAUGAUUGCUUUGUACUGCUACAUCUUUUUAAAAAUUAGAAGUGGAAGAGCAGUUAUGUCAGCUGAAACCAGUACAUAUAAACAAAAGGAGCACCAACUGGCUACCUCUCUGGUUUUAGUCUUGGCUCUUUUUAUUGUUUGCUGGCUGCCGUUACACAUGAUACAAUCCAUCACAUACUAUAACCAGAGUAUACAUGUACCUCCCAUUGCUUUGUACUUUGGCAUUCUCCUCUCUCAUGCCAACUCGAUGGUAAACCCUGUAGUGUACGCCUUCAAAAUCCCUAAGAUAAAGCGGGAGUACGGGAAGAUUUGGAGGAGGGUGAUUGGUCAACAGCAGCAGGCAGAUACAAACAGUAGCAGGACUCCUGCUAGUAAUACCACUGACAGUCAUGAUGGAUGAGUUCAUGUGAAACCACAGUCCACAGGGGGAGCCAAUGACAUGACUCCACAGUACAAUAAAUACAGACUAAAGAGACACACACACACACACACACA